UGUUAGAUAUUAUGAUAAAUUCUUAAGGCGAAAUGAAGCUUUACCAAUAUGUUAAAGUUCAUAAUCUAAUCUCAUGUUGAUGCUGCUGAAGCAGAUCAAAUGUUUGCCAUUUGUUGAGGAUUGAAACGUUGCAGGCAGCAAAAGUAAAAAACUUUACCCUAUUGUAAAUAGUUCGCUGUCCUGCUCAGAAACAGAUACUGUCUCCCUUCCCAACACACGCUGAGAAACCCAAAGUUUCAGAUAGGAAGACAGACCCACCGGCUCUCUCCCAUCCCAAUACCAUCUCUAUCUCUUCUCCACCAUUGAUUGAACCCGUAACAAAUCACUCACGCACCCUCUCUCUCUCCUUCUCCUCUUUAAAAAUCCCUCUUUUGUUUAUCAGUCUACCGACACCGCCCCAUUCCGCUUCCUUAUUGACAGAAAAAAUGAAGGAACUGUGCGUUUCUGCUUCGCCGGCGAGGGGCCCGAGCGCGUCUGCCAGCUGCCGCCAUGAGUGAGCUCAAAGGCGGCUCCUUUUUCUGCUGCGGACGCCUUCUGUUUUUCCUCUCGGCCUUUCGGGUUUUCCGAUGAACACCUCGGCGGCGGGGUUCGGCGUGCGGCCGCCCUUCACGGCGGCGCAGUGGCAGGAGCUGGAGCACCAGGCGUUGAUCUACAAGUACCUGACGGCUGGAGUGCCCGUGCCGCCGGAGCUCUUGAUUCCCAUCCGGAGGAGCUUCGAAGCUCUACCUGGUCGAUACUGGCACCAUCCUGCGCUAGCUUACUGUUCCUACUACGGGAAGAAGCUGGAUCCUGAACCAGGGCGGUGCCGACGGACCGAUGGGAAAAAGUGGCGCUGCUCCAAGGACGCCCACCCCGACUCCAAAUAUUGUGAGCGUCACAUGCAUCGCGGCCGCAACCGUUCAAGAAAGCCUGUGGAAUCACAAUCUGCCUCUCAGUUGCAGUCAUCUGCGGCAUCUGUCACUCCUGCGAGCAGCAGCGGUGCUGGUGGUAGUGGUGGGGGAAACUUGCAGAGCAUUAAUCCCCAGCAUUCUGUUGCAAGUCAUGUCAAUGCGCAAAAUCUGUGCCUUGGUGGCUCCAGCUCGACUCAGCUGUCCAUGGACACUGGCCCUCUUGCUCCCAGGUACUUCUCUGGUGUUAAACCUGGAGUGGAUGAACAUACUUUCUUCGUAGAAACUACUGGAAAUUCAAGGAGUCUCGUUCUGGAUGCAGUCGACAGUUCUUGGUGCUUGACGCCAUCGCGAGUUUCUUCAUUUCCCCUGUCAAAGGCUAGAGAUCCUUCUCUUCUCCAGAGCUCCUACCCUCAGCUUCAAUCACUUCAAGAUCUUGGUCAGGUGACAGGUAGUUCGACCUCAAGACAGCAGCAGCACUCUUUCAUGGGCAGCGAGUUUGGUUCACCAGAGCCUGCAAAGCACGAAAGCCAAUUCCUCCGACCGUUCUUCGACGAGUGGCCCAAAGCAAGAGACUCUUGGUCUGACAUCGAAGAAGAUAGAUCCAACCGGGCAUCCUUCUCCACGACUCAACUCUCGAUGUCCUUUCCCAUGGCCUCCUCCUCGGAUUUCUCUACUACCUCUUCCAGGUCACCUAAUGAUGACUGAAACUGAAGGAAAAGGUUGUAACCUAGAAGAGCUCAGUGGCUGUCCUUGCCUUGUGAGGUUCUCCAUUGGAGCAUCAUGCCCUUGUUUGCUAUGGCGGAUCAAAACAUUUCAGUAAUCUGCAUUUCUUAUUUUCAUGAACCGAAGUAAAUUUCUUUAGCUGUCUUGUUAAUCUGUCUCUCAGUAAAUCUGAUGUGUCCUGUGAUUCAAAACAAAGCCAGGAUUAAUCUAGUGCUCUAACUGUAUAACUUCGAUGCAGUGAUCAAAGUUAUUUCUCAAAUAUUAAAAAAAUUAAAGUUAUUUUCUUUCAAAA